AUGGAUGGCGCCGGCGGGGAGCGGCUGGCGGCCCGCAGAGGGGCGCGCGGGGGCGCCGGGGCGCACGGGGACUUCACGGACUGGCCGCCGCGCUGCGUGGUGGUGACCGGUAAGCCCGCGUCCCCCCGCGUCCCCCGCGUCCCCGCGCGCCCGCCGCUUUCAGCUCGGAAUGCGCGCUUGCCGGAUCCUGCUCGUUUUGGGCCCUUCCGGCAGCACCUGGUGAAUUCCAGCUGGGAAGCAGUGAAGGAGCUCUCCAACUUGGGCCUGGGGAUGGACACGGAGGUAGAGCUGCGAACUCUGCAGUUGCCUGUAGAUUACAGGGAGGUGAAGCGGAGGGUCACCAGAAUCUGGGAAGAUUUUCAACCACAACUUGCUGUGCAUGUUGGUGUGGACACUUCUGCAAAGGCGAUUUUUCUGGAACAAUGUGGCAAGAACCGAGGCUACUGGGAUUCAGACAUCCGGGGCUUUCAUCCUGAAGGUGGAGUGUGCCUCCCAGGAGGCCCGGAAGUGAUGCUGUCAGUGUUCAACAUGAAGGCGGUCUGCAAGCGCAUUGCUGUUGAGGGGAUCGAGGUGGCCUUUUCCAGAGAUGCAGGCAGGUAUGUCUGCGAUUACACCUACUACCUGUCUCUGUACCACGGAAAUGGGCAUGCGGUCCUUAUCCAUGUCCCUCCACUGUCACGCUGGCUCCUGGCCAGCAUUCUGGGGAAAGCCUUGCAAGCUAUCAUCCGGAAAAUGCUGGAAGAAAGCUGGGAAGGCCAGGCCCAAAGUGCGCUGACAGCCGCUGAAGGGAAACCACCGGGGGAUGCCUCCUUUACAUGA